GGUGAGCGGGUGGGUAAGGAUUCGGGUUACGGGAACGGGGUCACUGUUAUCGAGACUUAGAUGAUCACCAGCUUUCCGUAACGAUUGCGUGCACGUGUAAUGGUUUUUAGCACUGUGAAAUACGGCUUUACCGAAUGAAGUUAAAGAGCUGCAUGGGACUUCGGAGGCGCAGUCCUCUCGCCCAAUGAAGUCCCAAUACCGCCUUAAUUAUGAGACUACUUGCCAGGCAGCAGCGUGGCGAUCAGCGUUGCCUACACAAUGUAUCGUUCAUGGUGCCUUUUCAAUUUGACAUUCAAGCCCGCAUUACUUCAAGCCUAUCCAGGGAGCUGGUACCUACAAAAUCUGAAUGCUCAUGUGGAGGAGGACGGCGAAACUUGGGUCGGGAAAUUCGAUGGAGGCGGCAGGGGCCCACCAACUAUCAGAACAGACGCAUCAGACAGUUUCCGACAGUCGCAAUAUAACCAUAAAUGUCAUCAAAAUUUUCCCCACAGCAGAUAUGGUCAAUUAAGGGCGUUACAGGAUGAACGGAUGAACGGCAGCAACAGUCAUGUCAAAAGGGCACAAAAAUUGGCUUCAUCACUGUACAAGAAGAGCGGGCUCGCUGAUACCAGAAACUUGGCGAAGUGGUCUAUGCAAAUACAAGCAAGAAUCGGGCUGCGGAUCGUGGAAGGUCUCAAUGGGGGGUUGGUUCAACUGGGAACGGCGAACAGCCCAUCUCGUCGGCGACACACUGUACAGCUGACACGGCGGCGGCGAGCUGGUUAGAAGCAAUUAGCUUUCCAGUUACUUCAGGUUGCUCGUCAUAAACGGCAAAGUGUAGAAAAUGGAACAAACAAAAUGAAAGAACAUGGCAGCAGCCGUACGUGGCCAAGAUCCCGUAAGCAAGGUACAUGAACAGCAUAGACCCAGUAGUUUAGGCAUUGGAGAUAUAGUCUAUUCACAUAGACUUCGUUAGGUUACUUGGUUCGAGACCUUUCAUCAGCUACCCUUUGCUGCCGAUGC